GAUGGACUAUCAACAAAAUUGGUAAGGAGGAAAAAAAAAAAAAGAAAAGAAAGGGAGACGUAUGAUGACGCUGAAGAAAUCUCAUUUUAUUAUGAUUAGGUUGGUAUCCUUGACUCUUUUGAUGAUCGACUUUUGAAACUUGAAGCCUCUAUUUUACCUAUCCAUCGAUCAACUCAGAAUCUGACAAGACUUGUGAACAGUAAGUAUUAUUUAACUGUAUUCUCCUUUUUAUCUUCAUAGUCUUCAUUCCCUCACUUUUUGUUUGAAUAGAUAUUGACGCGACUUUGGUGGCAGCUGAUGAUAUUGUACAAUGUUUGAAUCUUCCCAGUAAGGAAGAAGGUUUUAUUUUGAAAGGUCCUGAUGAAAAUGAUAUUCUUCCUUAUCUACAAGCAAUGGGUCGAUUGAAGGAUGCCGUGGAUACUAUCGAAAAAAGUCAAUUGAAAUCUUGUGAAAAAGCUACAUUCCAAACGAAACAAUUACUCAAGGCUGGCAUGUUACAUUUGGAAACACUUUUCCGACAAUGGUUGACAACUGUGAGUCAUCCAGUGGAUGUUCAUACUAUCUUGGAAUCAGAUGAUAUUAUGCCAUCUUCUACUGAUAUGAAACAGCUCUCUCAACUCGCUACAUAUAUUGCCACUUCAGUCACUGAAAUUGGAUAUGCUGUUGAUUUCACCAAACCUUAUGCCGACAUUCGUUCUGUUUAUAUGCAAAAAUCAUUGACACCUCUCUCACAAUCUGUGCAAUCCUCUGAAAAACAUAAAGGCAUCUCUUAUGAAAAAGGUUCUAGUGAAUUCUUAAAGUAUAUGGAAUGUUUUGUGAAAAUGUCAAAGUCAGAAUGUACUUUUUCUAGAAAAAUCCUAGGUAAUGCAUCUCAACGUACUGUUGCACUCAAGGCUACCAUUGGUCCACCUCUUGCUGAACUUGUGGCUGCUGGACGACAACUUGUAGCGAUUGCAAAACGACUCCCUUAUAGUGAAUCAGUAUUUGUAUUUGAUAUCUUGGAAAAAUAUGAACGGGACAGCAAAAGUGCCUUGGAUUCCAUCUGCAAGGAAUACGAUUUGGAGAUGAAGGAAUUAUCCGAUUUGAUGAAGACGGUGAUCACCACGGCUCUCAAAAGUUUUUAUGAUUUUAUGGAAGAUAUUAAAGGACGACGAGAAACAAGUUCAGUGGUUAAUCUAAGUAAUGAUGGUACUGUGAACGAAAUGACAAGCAAUGCACUCAAUUACCUGAAACGACUCAUCCUUUGGCGUGACAUGGUAGAACCAUUAUUGUUAUGCGUUGGCGAUGGUGGUUGGAAUCAACCUGUGACAGAUGUAUCUUUUGAUAAACUGAAGUUUGGAGGUUUAUCGUCUAUGGGUACAGCCUUAUUACAAAAGUUUUUAGUGGAUGCAUUGGAUCAGUUGUGUAUUUCCCUUCAGUCGAAAUCCAGAGGUUAUAAGAAACCCACAUUGGCGACGAUCUUUCUUCUCAAUAAUUACAACUAUAUUCUUCGACAGAUUCGAUCUCCUCCUUUGAAUGCACUUAUUUUUGAUGAACAAACUGAGGUCAAGUUUGGAAAAUUGGUCAAGAAACAGUUGGAUAGUUAUCAAGAAUCUUGGAAACCGUGCGUGGAAAACUUGAUGGAUGUGACUUAUGUUCGUGGUGGUGCCAUCAGGAAUGCUCUUAGUAGUACAGAUAGACAAAUGAUCAAAGAUAAAUUCAAGAACUUCAAUAUGGAAUUUGAUGAUAUUUGGAGAACUCAAACAGCCUAUGCCAUACCUGAUCUAGAACUACGCAACCAGGUGAUCCGAGAUGUGAAAAACGUGAUCGUUCCAAUGUAUGGACGAUUUUUGGACAAGUAAGUGUAAACCUAAAAAAAAAAAAAAAUUGUUCAAGUUACUCAUACUUGGUCAUUUUAGAUACCAAAGUACAGAUUUUACCAAGAACCCAAGUAAAUAUAUCAAAUAUGACAAGGACAAGUUGGAAAGAAUGAUCAACCAUCUCUUUGAACCCACAGCAUAGUAUAAUGUUCCACUCUCUUCCCUUUAUUUAUUCCAUAUACACACUUUCUAAAUCAAUAGUAAUAAUAAGAAGAAGAAUAAAAAAAAAACGUAUUCUGUAUUGUAUAUAUAUAUGUAUCAAACGAAGAUUAUCCUAUUAUAAUUUUUUUUUAUUGAUCAAGGG